UUGCAGAAUCACCGGACCGCCUCCACUCUCGUCCCCUGUUUAGCAUCACCCUCCGCUGAUCACAUUCUCUUCAACAAUCCACCAAACAAAACGGGUGAGAACCUUAAAUUCAGAUGCCAAAAUUCCUACUCUCGCCCACCAGAAAUGGCGCCCUUCGCCUGGUCAGUAGCCCAUCCGUCUAACACCCAGGAACCCUACACACCUAGGCAGCAGCAGAUCGACCUGUGCUUCCAACCACGAUGCUCUGCAACCGGGAACGAGACAAGUCUUCUAAAUUGGAGGCCGAUUCCCGGCUACCUGCCGAGCACCGCGCAAGCUUGGCAACUUCCCGGUAACCAACAGGCAUGGAUGAAAAGUGUAGCGGAUUUCGACCCUGUUCAGCCCCGGGUUCGCGGGAUUCGAAGGCGUCAAAAGACAGGCCCUGUAUCUCUUUGUGUCGAAGAGUCGACCGGUGAACCUGUCGGUCCUGUCAAUGAGUGGGCGGUCGAAGUGAGCCUACCGGAGGCGACAAAGUACAACCAUCAGCAGCCUCACCUCGUGUCUGGCAAUUCCUGGGCAGUGAGCCUGGGGAGAGAGACACCGCUGAACAAAGAGAUGCAGAACGGCGGAUCAAGCGCUUUUGAGGGGGCUCGUCUAACCCAUUCAGUCAAAUCUGGAAGGUUUUGUAAACAGAAUGAAUUCACACCGGGAUUUUGA